AUGAAGGUUCUGCCUUGGUGUUGGGUUGCAUUCAACAUCAAAAACAGCUGCAGUGGAGAUGCAGACGUCUUUACCGACACUGAGCGUAGCACGUUACGGGCAACUGGCACCUGCUCAGGCAGCACCGUAGGCUACAUCUCGCUGGCUGAAAACACUGAACACGCAUUCAGCUUGUCAGCAAAGCUGGAAGAGUCGGUAGGGCGUCUUCUGCGUCUUCUGAAUGGGCUCAUCAGUGAACGUGGAAGAAUUGCUUAG